UUUUUUUUGUGGUUUAUGUUGAAGAAGAAUAUGAUGAUUGGGAUGAUAAAAGAUUAAUUGAUCAACAAAGACAUUGGUAUAAAUUAAAAGAUGCUUUUUCAUUAUUAAGAAUUUAUAAACCAUCUCAAUUAACUUUUUUUGAAAAAUUUCUCUCAACAUCACCUAAUCGUAUUAAUUUACUUCAUCAAAUAUCUUCAUAA